CUCCCCUCCUCCCGUCGAUCCCAACCCACCGCCAAAACCUCCCCAAACCCUCGGAAGUCGGAAGGGACCCCACCUCGCCUCCGCCGCCGCCAUGCGCCGAUCUAACGACAGCCGGCCCUUCCGCCCGCCGGAUUGGGGCCCGCCGCCCCCGCACCGCUACCACCAGCACCAGCAGCAGCAGCAGCAGAGGUACCGGCCGGCGCAGCAGCCGGCCCCGCGGCAGUUCGCUGUGAAUCUCCUCCGGGGGGGUUCCAACCUCUCGGCCCCACCGGCCACGGAGGUGGAGGCCCUCGUCGCGGGCCUCACGUCCCCUCCCCCGGACAAUCUGUCGGUGUGCUCGUCCGGCCGCCUGGCCGCGCGCCUCCUCUUCCGCUCCCUGCCGGCAGCCGCCGCCGCCGCGCACGAGCUGUGGUCGCUCCGCCUCGAGGGCCUCCACCUCCUCACGCCGGACGUCCCCUAUCCCGCCCUCGCCUCCCACGCCGCCCCCCUCAUCGCCUCUCUCUUCGCCGCCCAUACCUCCCGCCUCAUCGACUCCGACCUCGUCUCUCUCACGGCCGCCCGCUCCUCCGAGCUUGCGGCCUCCAUCCAGACGGUGAAACGCCGCCUGGCAGCACGCAAUCGCAUUGGUGACUUUGAACAGCUGCAGGUCCAGAAGAGAACACUCGAGGCUGAGAAGGACUUGGUAGAUGCCAAAAUUGCCGAGUACAAAGCUGCGAUGAGGUCGAUACGACGUGCAUUGUUGCGUGGGAUGGAGGAUAAGGACGAGGAGGCGGAGGCGGAGGAAGGUUUGGAGGUGUUUGGGAUUGGGGGUGGUGGUGAGAUGAACUUUGCUAGGCUGCACAUGAUAAUGCUGCGGGAAUGUAGAAGGCUUAAGGAGGGGCUACCCAUCUACGCUUAUCGCAGGAACAUUGUAGAUCACAUUUUUGCUAACCAGGUAAUGAUCUUGAUUGGGGAAACUGGCUCUGGGAAGAGCACACAGUUGGUUCAGUAUCUUGCUGAUUCAGGUCUUGCUGCUAAUGGCUCAAUUAUCUGUACUCAACCUCGCAAAAUUGCAGCUAUGUCAUUGGCACACAGAGUAAAUGAAGAAAGCACCGGCUGCUAUGGCAACAACUUUGUGCUAUCAUAUUCAACCUUUUUAGAUUAUCAUGACUUCAGUUCAAAGAUUAUAUAUACCACAGAUAACUGCCUUUUGCAUUUCUGCAUGAAUGACAUGGGACUGGAUGGCAUUUCAUAUAUUAUUGUUGAUGAAGCUCAUGAACGAAGCUUGAACACUGACCUUCUGUUAGCUUUGAUUAAGAAGAAACUGCUUGAUAGGCUUGAUUUGAGACUUAUUAUAAUGUCUGCCACAGCUGAUUCUAAUAGACUUGCUGAGUAUUUCUAUGGCUGCCAAACAUUUCAUGUUAAAGGGCGAAGUUUCCCUGUUGAAAUUAAAUAUGUCCCAGAUCUAUCAGAAGAAGCUUCCUUCAAUACCGUGCCAAACCAUCUGCGUGGUUCUUGUGCUACUGCUUCGUAUGUUUAUGAUGUUGUGAGAAUGGUAGGCAUCAUUCACAAGAAUGAAGAAGAGGGUGCUAUCCUUGCUUUCUUGACUUCUCAACUCGAAGUUGAAUGGGCAUGUGAAAACUUCAGCGAUGCGGAUGCUGUGGUACUUCCGAUGCAUGGAAAGCUUUCCCACGUAGAGCAAAGUCUAGUUUUCAAGAGCUAUCAUGGGAAGAGAAAAAUAAUCUUCUGCACAAAUAUAGCUGAAACAUCAUUGACCAUACAAGAAGUGAAGUAUGUUGUUGAUUCUGGAUUAGCUAAGGAGAGCAGAUAUGUGCCUAGUAGUGGUCUGAAUGUACUAAAAGUCAAUUGGAUCUCCCAAAGUUCUGCUAAUCAGCGCGCUGGUCGAGCAGGUCGGACUGCAGCAGGGAGGUGUUACAGGCUUUACUCUGAAUCUGACUUCAGUAUGAUGGAAGUGCAUCAAGAACCUGAAAUCCGUAAAGUUCAUCUUGGCACUGCUGUUCUGAGAAUUCUUGCGCUAGGUAUUAGGGAUGUACAGAGCUUUGAAUUUGUUGAUGCCCCAAACCCAGAAGCCAUUAAUAUGGCUGUGAAGAAUCUUGAACAACUGGGUGCUGUGGAAUAUAAAUGUGAUGGCUAUGAGCUGACUGAUACUGGUCGCCACCUGGUUAAAUUGGGAAUUGAACCAAGGCUUGGAAAAAUCAUGCUUGAUUGCUGUAGUUUUGGUUUGAGGAAGGAAGGUGUAGUCCUAGCUGCUGUUAUGGCGAAUUCUAGCAGCAUAUUUUGUAGAGUGGGCACAGAUGAGGUGAAAAACAAAGCUGACCGUCUAAAGGUCCCAUUCUGUCAUCAAGAUGGAGAUCUGUUCACUUUACUAGCUGUAUAUAAGGAGUGGGAGGAUGCACAUGAAAACAGGAAUAUGUGGUGCUGGCAGAAUAGCAUCAAUGCCAAGACCAUGAGGAGGUGCCAGGAAACAAUAUCAGAGCUUGAGAAUUGUUUAAAACAUGAGUUAAACAUCAUUGUCCCAAGUUACUGGUGUUGGAACCCUGAGGAGUCCACUGAGCAUGAUAAGUUGCUAAAAAAAAUUAUUCUCACAUCUCUUUCUGGUAAUCUUGCUAUGUUUUCUGGACACGAAAGGUUUGGUUACCAGGUGAUUUCGACGGAUCAGGCUGUGAAACUUCAUCCCUCUUGCUCAUUGCUCAUUUAUAACAGCAAACCUGAGUGGGUAGUGUUUACGGAAAUAUUGUCAGUACCAAAUCAAUAUUUGGUAUGUGUAACUGCUGUUGAUCCUGAUGCUUUGUGUAUGAUUCAUCCCAUGCCUUUGAUUCAGCGUCUGGAGAAGCAUAAAUUGCAGGUGAAGGUCAUUAGUGGACUUGGAAAUAAUUUGUUGAGGAGAUUUUGUGGAAAAUCAGGCCAAAAUCAGCAGAAGAUAAUCUCAUUUCUCCAGCAAGAAUUCAGGGAUGACCGUGUGACUGUUGAGGUUGACUUCAGAAAUAAUGAGGUUGUGCUAUUUGCUAAAGAACAAGACAUAGAAAAGGUGUUUGGCAUCGUUAACGAUGCAGUGGAAUGUGAAGCUAUGAUGUUGAGGAAUGAGUGCCUUGAGAAAAGUUUAUUUCCAGGAAAACCUGGCGAUUGUUCUCUUGCCUUGUUUGGCUCAGGUGCUGAAAUCAAGCAUUUGGAACUUGAGAAGAGGUGUCUGACAGUAGAGGUUUUGCAUCAAAAUGCUUGUGAGUUGAAUGACAAGGAGCUUAUUCGCUUGGUGGAUACUCUUAUCUCUGGUGUUGCUAAUUUUUAUAAGCUCUUUGGAAAUCUUCAGGUGGCCUCAGAUGAAACAAAGUGGGGGAAGUUUACAUUCCUCAAUCCUGAAUAUGCUGAAGAUGCUGUUUCAAAAUUGAAUGGGAUGGAAUUUCAUGGUUCUCCAUUGAAGGUGGUUCAAGUAUGCUCCUUCAAUAAUCGAGGAUUACCAUUUCCAGCAGUAAGAGCUAAAGUAUCUUGGCCACUUAAGCGAAGCCGAGGACUCGCGCUAGUAACAUGUGCUAAUGGGGAAGCUGAAUUUAUUGUAAAGGAUUGCUUUGCUCUGGCAGUUGGUGGAAGGUAUAUCAACUGUGAGGUCAGUACGAGGCAUGAGAAUUGUAUUUUUGUCAAAGGAAUUCCGUUGCAUGUAACAGAGCCAGAACUGUAUGAUGCUUUUCGUAGCACGACAACAAGGACAAUUGUUGACAUACAUUUGCUCAGGGGAACACCUAUAGCUCCCCCCUCUGCUUCUUUGUGUGCAGAAGCACUAAUUAGAGAAAUUUCUUCCUUCAUGCCAAAGAAAAAUUUUCCUGCCCAAAAUUUCCGCGUUGAGGUGUUCCCUCCAGAGGAGAAUGAUUCAGUGAUGAGAGCCACUAUUACAUUUGAUGGAAGUCUUCAUCGAGAGGCUGCAAGAGCAUUGGAGCAUCUUGAAGGACAUGUUCUUCCAUGUUGUCUUCCUUGGCAGAUAAUACAAUGCCAGCAUGUUUUUCAUAGUACAGUCUCCUGUCCAGUACGUGUGUAUAAUGUUAUCAGCCAAGCAGUCGCUUCUCUGCUUGAGAGCUUCCGAAGCCAAAAAGGUGUGUCUUACAACUUGGAGAAGAAUGAAUAUGGUAUAUUCCGUGUCAAGCUUACUGCAAAUGCCACAAAAACAAUAGCCGACUUGAGAAGGCCUCUUGAGAUUUUAAUGAAAGGCAAAACUAUAAACCAUCCUGACCUGACAUUAAGUGCAGUUCAGUUGCUCAUGUCCCGUGAUGGUGUAGCAGAUUUGAAAUCCGUUGAGCAAGAGACUAGCACUUACAUUAUGUAUGACAGACAAAGUCUAAAUAUUAAAAUCUUUGGGCUCCAAGAUCAGGUGGCUGCAGCGGAGGAGAAAUUGGUCCAUGCACUUCGACAACUCUGUGAAAACAAGCCUCUGGAUAUUCGUCUUCGUGGCCGUAACCUACCUCCAAACUUGAUGAAGAAAAUAUUAAAAAAGUUUGGGGCUGAUCUGGAAGGACUCAAGAGAGAUGUACCUGCAGCAGACCUUCGAUUGAAUUUACGACACCAUACACUUUAUGUUCGAGGUAGUAAAGAAGACAAGCAAAGGGUGGAAGAACUGAUCUCUGAGGUGGUAACAUCUAAUACACAUAAUGGCCUGGUUCAACUUCCAUUAGAGAAUGCAUGCCCUAUUUGCUUGUGUGAGGUAGAAGAUCCUUUUAAGCUUGAAUCUUGUGGGCACACAUUUUGUCUGACUUGCUUGGUGGAUCAGUGUGAAUCUGCUAUGAAAUCGCAUGAUGGGUUCCCUCUAUGUUGUCUCAAAGAUGGGUGCAAGAAGCAGCUCCUUGUUGUUGAUUUGAGAUGUCUCCUAUCGAGUGAGAAACUGGAAGAGCUAUUCAGAGCCUCCUUGAGAUCAUUUGUUGCCUCUAAUGCUGGAAGAUACCGUUUCUGUCCUACUCCUGAUUGCCCAUCCAUUUACCAGGUGGCUUCUGCAAACGCUGAAAGCAAACCUUUUGUCUGCGGGGCUUGCUUUGUGGAGAUUUGCAACAAGUGUCAUAUCGAAUAUCAUCCUUUCAUAUCCUGCGAGACAUACAAAGAAUACAAGGAAGACCCUGAUGCAACUCUGCUUGAAUGGCGCAAGGGAAAGGAUAAUGUAAAGGUAUGCCCGUCUUGUGGCUUUACAAUCGAAAAAGCUGAUGGCUGUAACCAUGUCGAGUGUAGAUGUGGCAGUCACAUUUGUUGGGCAUGCUUGGAGAGCUUCAGGAGCAGUGAUGAGUGUUAUGGCCAUCUCAGGUCUGUACACCUAUCCUAUUAGCAUAUCAUGUAAAUAUGUAUAUAUUGGUACAAAUAAUUAUAUUUGUGUAUAUUAUAGGCAUCUAAUUUCAUUACCACUAAUAAUUAUCUGAUGUCAAUGGCCCACCAUCUGUGUUCAGAUUCAGAAUACUGUUGUGCUUUAUUUGCGCUAAAAACCCUAUUCAGAAUAAUUUAGUGAUAAAUGGUAUUUUCUUUUAUAA